AUGACGAUGCCGAACCGAGCGCAUUGCGACACAUUCACCUCUCCGGCUCUGAUUCGAACGAUUUUCCAGUUCCAAAACGUUCUGCGCCAGGCCUUUCUCGACUGGAAGUCGACCCCGAAGCCCCGCGCUCCGUCACCCCUUGUCGUAUCUUUCACUCCGGAACCUACGUACACUCUCGGCCGCCGCCAAAAGAUUUUACUACCCGAGCAGCUGGCUCGACUUCAACAGCCUUUGACUGUUAUCGACGAGACGAAGGUUGAGGCAGGGGAACGAAAUGGUGGGAUGGGUUCAAGAGAGCAGCAGUUCACGCCCAAGGUCAUUGAGACUGACCGCGGCGGACUGACAACAUACCACGGGCCCGGACAAGUUGUUCUAUGGCCAAUAUUGGAUUUACACAGUACAUACUAUUCGCACUUGACCGUCCGAUCCUACGCGCGACUCCUGGAAGAGACAACACAGGCGAUCCUCGCUGACGGACCCGGGAUCCAGACUUACCUCUCUGAGGAUGACCCGGGGGUAUGGGCCGAAGCCGCGCGGCAGCGAACUGGGGGACAAGAGCGUAAGAUCGCCGCCAUGGGCGUUCAUCUUCGCCGUCACAUCUCGGGGCUCGGCACGGCGCUGAACGUGGACGUUGUCGUUGAUGGCACUGAAACGUUGAAUCCUUGGGCGAGGUUCGUGCCGUGCGGACUCGAAGGGAAAACCGCCACCAGUGUAAGAGCUGAAGUGGGCGAAGCGCCCUGGAUGCAAUUGAGUCUUGCCGGCGACGGUAAGGCGAAGAGAGAAUGGUACGCCCGCCAGUGGGCUGAGGAGCUUGCCAAACGCCUGGGAAUCAGCAUUGCGCCGAGGACAGUACAUCAACGACUGGGAUGA